GCGUAGUGGUUGCGCCUCGGCUCGUCGCGACACUCCGUGCGAGCUCAGCGGCUGGAAAAGGCGAGAGUUUGCAGCGUUGCGCGUCGGUCUCUGGUCUUUGUGCUUGCGCUUUACAGCCCUGUAAAAGGGACCGAUUUCCAUCGUCUCGGCUCGUGCGUCUCGUUUUCUCUCACGUCGGCACCAUGAACUGGGCUUUCCUCCAGGGCCUCCUGAGCGGGGUCAACAAGUACUCCACGGCGCUCGGGCGCGUGUGGAUGUCCAUCGUCUUCCUCUUCCGGGUCAUGGUGUUCGUGGUGGCCGCCGAGAAGGUUUGGGGUGACGAGCAGAAGGACUUUGUGUGCAACACAGCGCAGCCGGGCUGCCACAACGUCUGCUACGACCACUUCUUCCCCGUGUCUCACGUGCGCCUGUGGGCGCUGCAGCUCAUCUUCGUCACUUGCCCGUCGCUGCUGGUCGUGCUCCACGUCGGCUACCGCGAGGAGCGGGAACGCAAGCACCGCGCCAAGUACGGCGAGGCCUGCCGCCGCCUCUACCAGGAUACAGGCAAGAAGCGCGGUGGGCUCUGGUGGACGUAUGUGCUUUCGCUCGUCUUCAAGAUGGGCGUUGACAGCACGUUCAUCUACCUCCUGUACUACAUGUAUGAGGGCUACGACUUCCCGCCGCUGGUCAAGUGCUCGGAGGUGCCGUGUCCCAACACCGUGGACUGCUUCAUCUCGCGCCCGACGGAGAAACGAAUCUUCACUCUCUUCAUGGUGGUCACCAGUCUGGUGUGCAUUUUCCUGUCCCUGUGCGAGAUCCUGUACCUGCUGUGCAAACGCUGCUGCGAGUGUGCAUCCAGACUCCAGGACUCCCGGCAGGGUGCCCGGGCCACAUCCAUCUCCAGUGUGAAGACCCCCAACGCUCUGCUGGGGAACAGCACCAGCCGCCCACCGGGCCAAGCCCGGCUUGUGCCCUCGUACUCGGUGACGGUAUCGGCGUGAAGGGGGAUGAAGGACCAAGAUGUGGGACUCCAUAGAGAGACAUGAAAGAUGGUGGAUUACCUUUCAAAAGUGACAGGUUGUUUAACUUCAGAAACCGAGAAGACUUGGCUCAAAGGCUGCAAAACGUUUUAGGCCUUACUCAAAGACUGAUUAAGGGCUGAACUCAAAAAGCAGAGUUUACUCAAAGACUUGAGACUGGCAUGUAUGAAGUUGUGGUCAACAUAUGAAUUCCCACUUUGUUGUUCUUUGGACUGUGUCUUUGUUUCUUGACAUAAUCAUCUUAAAAGCUUUAAAAAGACACUACGCGACUAAAAGACACUACGAGUUCUCACUACAUGGAACUCGGCCGUGGAAGACACGACAGCUCCAGGAGGUGUUUGAUAAAAUGUACAGGGGGUCUGCGAAAUGGCCUUUGUUAUUUCUUCUAAUUGGCUUAUAACUACACAUACGGAGUGAUAUGCGGUUUAAACAGGUCAAAAAAGGUAUUUAUUUACUGGGGUAUUUUACUUCUGGAAGAAGCCCAGCACCUGUAGAAUGUGGCCAGGAGCAAAGAUUUUCCUAGCUGUGUCCUUACACAAAAACAUUUGAAAUCCAUGUUUCCAUGUUAUUUUCAAUAAGGUGCUUUAGAGGCACAAUGUUUAAAUGUAAUGUAAAUUAUACUAUAUACAUAUGUAAAUAUUUAAAUUGCCAUUAUCGCCAAACUAUGCAAGAAAUUACCCGAGGCUUAGAAUGAGGUGUGCAUCUCCCAUUGUGGGCUUUAGAAGUACAAGCAGGUAGGACUAAUAAUGAAAUUACAGCGCAAAUCAAGGGUCAACUUUCCAAAUGUUUCUUACUCUAGUUAAUGGUGAAACUGUUACUGUUUCUCUGUUUCUGCCAUGAUGUGACAUAAGUCUUUGAUUAUCCAAAUUGCAAGCAAGCCAGUUACAGAAUAAGCCAUAAAAACCAACUGGAGUGUUUAACUUAUGAGUAACGUCACACAGUGCAGAACUUUAUUUAAAACAAGGAAACCCAGUGGUAACCAGUGAAAGACCCCUAACCCAGUGCAGUGAAAGUAUUAUCCAGUGAGUCAUCUUCCCCACCGGAGCUCGUGCAGAUGGCCAAGUUUUUAUUUUGAACAAAGCAAGCCUCCGUUUUCCAUCGGCUGUUCCCAGCGGUCUGCGUGGUGACUCCGUGCUGCUGGAAGAACUGAGCAUUUAGAAAAAGUUGUUUUGUUUUUUUUCCGAAACCACAUUCAGAAAGAAUGAAGCUGUCCUGAAUGAGAGGCGACACGAUGAUUUUCUGCAGUACAGCACUGAUUCAUUUCUUUCCUCUAAUAGAAAUAUUGGUAACUAUCCUAAUUACAUUUUUUGGCUCUCAGAUUGCUUUGACAAAUGUGAACAAAUGUCUUUCUGCCAAAUAUUUACAUUCUUUGGACAACUGACCACAAGAAUCUUGGUUGUUAAUAGUUUUUGUUUGGUUGUUUUGGGUUUUUUUUACAAAUGUAUUGUGUAUUUUUUUUAAUUUAUUUUUUUUACAUUUCUGUAAGAAAUGCUGGUGUGUGCAGGUUGACCUGAGGGUACGUUCAGUUCUUGGGUGUCAGACUUAUUCUUGUGCUUCUCAUCAGACAAACUAGGAACUCAGGGAACGUGUGCAUACUGCUACUACAGUGUCUAGGCAACUACUGAAAAAUUGUCUUUUCUCUGUGUGUGUGUGUGUUUAUCUUACAAUAUUGCUCUCUUACCCUGUUUUUUUUUGUGUGUGUGUGGUUUUGUAAGCUGAUUGUAGAGCAGGGAGAACUCUAGACCUCAGGACUGGGCUUGGCCAUGCCUGCCGGCCCCGUGCUGUGGAGAAAGACAGCAAGGAUCACGGUGGGAUUUCCACUUGUAAACAUGCAUCCUCUGACUGUAAACAAAUGCCUGUGCUGAUUUCCUGUUGUGUCUUGUGCCAUGCCAGAUUUCUUCUUCGUUUUCACGUGUGCACCUUGAAACGUUUGAUUUCAUUAAAAGUCAGCAUUUCUAUUUUCA